CCGAGCAGCAUCUCCUCUAUCUCCAGUGGACAGAGUUGAAAAGGACAGCCUGAGCCUCUUCGUUUUGUAUAAGCGCGUUUCGGUAAUCCUCUGUCUCCUGUGAUAAACCGUGCAUCAUGACAGUCACGAUUCCUUUGUUCCGUUGCUUCCUCUUAUUCUUUCAUGUUGUUGUAGUUUUUCAUUUGGUUUCCGCGACUGAGCUGACGUUUGAGUUGGCUGAUGACGACAUACAAUGCUUCUUUGAAGAAAUUGAAAAAGGAGAAAAGUUUUCUCUAGAUUAUCAAGUAAUUACAGGUGGUAACUAUGACGUAGACUGUUCCAUCGUGGAUCCAGGAGCGAAGGUCCUGUACGAAGAGAGUAAGAAGCAGUACGACCACUUCAGCCACACGGCUGAGAAGACCGGCGUGUACAAGGUCUGCUUCAGCAAUGAGUUCUCCACCUUCUCACACAAGACAGUGUACUUUGACCUGCAGACCAGGGAGGAGCCUGCCCUUAUCCCAGAAAUGCAUAACAGGGUCUCCGCUCUCACCCAGAUGGAAUCCUCCAGCGUCUUAAUCCACGAGAUCCUGAAGACCAUCUCCGAGUCCCAGACUCACUACCGCCUGAGGGAAGCCAUUGACCGCAUCAGGGCGGAAGAGAUCCACGAGCACGUCAUGUACUGGUCAGUCGGGGAGACGCUCAUCCUCUUUGUGGUCAGCAUCAGCCAGGUGGUGAUGCUCAAAAGCUUCUUCACUGACAAGAAGUCCAUCCCAGGACUCGGCUUCUAGACAAGGUUGCGAAUGGGGAGUUUUCUUCCAUUUUGCAGGGUGUGCAUCAAGGUACACAAUCUUUUUAACAGAUUUGUUUUCUUCUUCUUGUCUUUGGUGCAUAGUGUCUCCUCCAGUAUGUUAUAUUCAUGCCAUGCUGUUUGUUGCAUUUCUUUUUGAAUUAUUGUUAAGCAUUUGCAAGGCACACACUAUGAUUGAUGAGAAAGUGCCUCCUGUUUCAUGCCUCAAUGUCCUUGUACUUCCCCUGGAAAUGCACACACAAACCGGCUAAGCUUUGGAACUGUGCACUUAAUUGAAACCUUUGGCAUCCAGCCUUAAAAAAAAAGGUUUAUAAAUGUUUAUCUUUAUUACAGUCUUUUAUUUAUUUAAUUUAAAAAGGCUGAUAAGCAUAAGCAGUACACACACACUGAGACACACACACAAAGAGCACAUUCUUUAAAGUGCAAAAAUUUAAGUAGCAAAAAUUUCUCAUCAAACAAGCUGCUGGAAAAUAGCUUUAUGACUCUUAAGUCGGGUUCUAUUCCAUGCUAACCCUGAGGACAUUGUAAAGGCAGGUGCUGCCUAAGCCCGUGUGGAAUGUGUGUGCCUGAUUCUGCAGCUCAGCUUUUACUUUCUGUACCUUUUUGGACAUUGUUUUUUUGGCAAAAAAGCCAAGCUUAAGCUUUCUGCCAUCCGGCUGCUUAUAUUCGAUCUUCUUGAGAGCUUGAUUUCAUCAGUCUACGCCCAGCUGGAUUUCAGAGCAUUUUACAGCACCAGGGAAUUGGCAGUCUAUCCAUGAUUGUCCAGAAAUAACCCCAAACAAAGGUUUAAAAAUCAAGCGCUUAGAAUUUUUUUUUUAACUAUUUAAACCACUUGACGUGGACCCGGUGUACAGUAAUUCACACCAAAAGCAGUGGGUUUGGUGAAAUAGAGUACAUGUCAAAUAUAACUUGCUGGUCUUACAAAACUGCAUCAGGUUCCUCUCAUUAUCCACUCGUCCUUUUUGUCUUGACUGCAUUUCAUCAAGUUCCACAUUCCUCGAGAAGCAUCUGCUAAAGUUAUUGAGACCCAGGCCAUUAACAGGAAGGUUGUGUCGUGGCUUGUGUCUUGAAGCUGUUGUUUUCCACCCUCUUUGUGGAUGCUCAGUGUGUGAUUGUGUGCCAGGGAGCUACGUUCAGGGUUCUGGUGGGUUCAUGUUUCUGCCCUGUGGGGCAGGUUUAGCUCAUUCUUUCCUUGACAGGAAUCCAGUAUGUGUUCAUCGUUUGCUCUGUGGCAAGAGACUGAACCACGUGGUGACUGUUUGUUCCCUGCGGGACAGACCUGUGUGUGAGCAAAGCAAAGCAAGGAGGUACAAUUAGAGAGGAGGGCAGGAGGGGAACAUGUACUUCAAAACGAAAUAAAAACAGCAUUGCAAAAAU